AUGUGUGUUAGGCAGAGACUCUUCCUAGUGCUUUCAGAGACGAGUCGAAUCGAAUUCGCUGACAUUGCCGUGGCUGAGUUUGUGGCAGUGAUGCGCUACCACACCGCCGGAGAGGUGAGACCUUUCCGCUCCUUGUCGUCCGCAGCAAAGUCAGCCUGGCUAGUGCAAGAGCCGCGGCUGUUCUUAGAGAAGGCCAGCCGAGAUCCAGCUUUGCUGCCGUGGCUGCCGUAUGCUACUGCACAUCUGGAUUCCCCAGGGACCGUUCAUAAACCCUUAGAUGAGGACGAGAAGACGAUCUUGUCGCUGCUUCUGAAGUACUUUGCAUGGGAUGCAUGGACCCACGACUUCUCAGACAGCCGCUUGAGUGAGCUAGGCCUUUCGCCUGAGCUUCCUGUAGAUGCGGCAACUGACAGUAAAGUGAAGGCGGAGGCAAGGCCAGUGCGAGUGAAGCGAGAGCUGGAUGGAUCCGUAGGCGAUGCAUCUUCGGAUGCAGUCGUAGCCGCCGUUGCAGCUGCCGGUCCUAGUAAACUGCAGCGAGUGAAGCGAGAGCUGGAUGAAUCCAUGGCCGGUGCGGGUGCACUUGAAAAGAAGCCAAGAAGCAGUGCCGGGAUCAGAUGCUGCAGCGAGCUAGACAAGCUGCUAGCGAAGGAUCAGCCCCAGCAAGCUCUGGGCAAGCAUAUGCUCACCUUCGUGCAAGUUCUGCGAGGCAUUCUGGGAGCUGGUUACUCCGCCGUGGGCGACAGCUGGAUCGGCAGGAUCGCGGUCGUGAAUUGUGGCGAGGAAGCUUGGUCUCGGUGCUUGAGGCAUCAGUUCCAGGCGACAGCCUUGCUGGGACUCAUCUACAGCAGGUCGCACUGGGCACUACUCGCAGUCGACAAUCGCAACAGAGCUGAUCCGGCCGCCUAUGUCUAUAGCGGUAUCAGCGACCCUGUCUGCGAGGACCAUGCCCUGAGCUUCAUUGCGUACCUGGUGGAGUACGACUGGCUAGAUCGAGAAGUGUCUGUGCAGAGAGCAGCUGUGCCUCCCCAGGGUGACAGCUGGAGCUGCGGACACCGCUGCAUCCUGGCAGCGGAUGCUGUUUUCUGUGCACUCUUGAAGGACGAGCCUCUGCCAUGCUUGCUGCAGGAGGCGCACAUCAGUAGCAAGCUCAUUGAUGCCUUGCUGGGUGUGUCUAAGUGUCCGAGGGUAGAGGCAGGGCAGAGCAGCCAGGCAAGGGCUAAGGCGUCGGCAGCCACAGCCCAGACCAGUGCCCCAUGUGCUCCGGACGAGCCUCCUCCUGCUCCUUGUACCCCAGCCCGGAAGCGCAAGCCUGACUUCGAGGCAGCAUCGCCAGCAGGAGACUCACAAGCCAGCACCCCCAGGGCUCUGGUGUCUCGAUCUGCUGGUUCCAAGGCAGGGUCAGUAGCUAGCAAAGCAAAGCCUCAGAUGAGCAAGAAGGCCCAGAAGGCACGGAUCGGCGAAGGCACUGAAGUCGCUAAGGCUGCUGGGGUCACACACAAUAGCUUCCAAAAGGAACACUACAGCGAGAACAUUGAGCCGGUGGGAGGACAUUGGCAUCUAUUCAUCGAGGGGGUCCUGAAGCCGGAGUUGGUGUUGACGUGCAGGGUGUGCUCAAGGCUUCGACGAGACAUACUCGCAAAGCCACCCGCAGGGUCCGACCAGCAGAUCGUGCCGGUCAGAGUUGAGGACAUCGAGCCACGUUUGGGGCCAUCCGUGAGCAAGAAGGGUCGGCCACGGAAAUCGGAACUACCCGAAGAUCGUUGGAAUCUCCACAUCUUCAUGCGGCUCCAUCGUGCCGACAUCUACCUGCAGACGCAGGACACGUUCAAGGCCCAGGUGUUCAUGUACCACUGUCGAGCCUGCAAUCGGAGCAUCUCCUUUCAAAGCCAGACCAACCCAGAGAAAGUGCACCGGCACGAACGUGGGGUCUAUCACAAACGAGGGCUUCGGAGACUCGGCCUGGCGCCAGAUGAUCCCGCGGAUCUACAAGGUGAAGGCGAUGAGCCGCCGGUGGAGGACCAACUCGUCCCAGCUUCGAAGGGAUGCCCAGGCAUCUCCUCGCAGGAUGCCACAAUGCCGCUGCAUGGAAUCCGUGAAAGCUUGCUGAGCUGGGCUUGUGCAGGCCAGCCCAGCACCACAUAUUCCGAGAAAGAGAAGGAUCCAUUGCUCCAUGUCCAGUUUCGCUUCCAAGGCCAGAGUAUCUGCGCUCGCAGCAGCAAGUGCCAAGGCCAACAUGACAGCAGAGAAGCCGCCUGUGCAGAGUGCCGCAAGGAGGCCGGUAAUCGGGACAUGCAUCGGCACAUCUGUCGUAUGUCUUACAUGGUGGACUUGUGCGCUCUAGCUCACAAACUGUCCCAUGGCACGGAAGCCGAGAGCAGGGACUUCGUCGAGAUCGUCAAGGCCCGGGACUACAUGAAGAACGGCUAUGCUGGCGACGACUUCAACAAGCUUCUCCAGAAAGGCUCCGGACUCGAACAGGUGCGGGCCAUCGUCCACAAGUUUGUGUGCAUACCUGCUUGGCGCCUGGGCCCCUCCCUGAAGUCACUCAUCAACCAUUGGCUGCCGAGCACGCCCACCUUCUUUGCCGGCGAUGUGGAAUCGUCGGCGCAUGCAAGCUUGGUGCAGCAGUUGUCUGGUGCGGUGCGGGAUGGCCGCUGCAGAGAUGCUGACUUGCAGCUGGCGGCUAAGAUAGCCGCCGGCGGUCUUAGGGGGGAUGCACUCGUGCAGGGGCUAGUCAGCUCAUUCUUGUAUACGUUCCGCAGUGACUUGGAGACGAAACGUUACAAGACCACGAGCCGCUUCAUGAGUGCCAUGGGUGCCACAGAAGAGGCCCUCGUCACACUAGGGCGUUCAGAGGAAGUGAAGCAGCUCCUGGAGAGGUUCGGUGUGAAUCGCCGAUCUCUCCCGACUUUGCGUGUGCUGGACCCCGUGCUUCCGCAGCCCUUCCUGAGUUUGUCGUCCCAGGAGCAGUUGACCCAGACCAUCACAUGUAUCAGUACCCAUCUCAAACUGGGACUGGAACACAGGCCCUUCCUCAUGUUCGAUGAGACCGUCAUGGAGGCGAACUAUGAGUUGAUGAGGCUCUCAGGUCAGGAUGACGAGAAGUUCAUAGGAGGCUGCUGGCACCGGAGCCCCGAGGAAUCCUGGGCAGUUCUAGAUCCCGCGACCCACGACCGGAGUAAUCUGCCGAUGGACAAGCUCUCCCGCCUGGCCUUGUGCUGUGUGCUGAAAAGAACCGACACGAAUCGGUUUGCUAUGAGCUGUGCCAUGGUCCCUCGCCCUCGGGGGCAAAGCACUGCUGCAGAGAUGCUGACUGCAGUAUGCCAAGUGCUGGAAACAACGACCCAUUGUCGUGGAGGAGUCCCACCACAAGGAACCGUCUCGGAUGCAGCGCCUUGCAAUGCCAUGGUCAUCCGUGCAUUCGUGGGGCAACUCCCGGCACAGGUCAUGGAGAGCACCGCAUUUCUCAAGGAGUGCACAGUGACGAAGACAGGCGUGUCGUUUUGGCCAUAUGCUCUGGUGCGACACGGGAAGCAGCGACACCUCAUCACCUCCUUCUUGGGGGGGCUGCAUCUUCAAAAAUCCUUCGGAUUACAAUGUCAGUCUGGGUCCAAGAAAAUCGUCUUGGGAUCCCUGUUCGUCGAGGUCUCGAACAUGCUAGGAUAUGGCUUGCCAGCCAGGGCAUACAGCCUCCACAACCCCAUGUCGGAUCGCGAAAGCGCCUCGAGGAUGGCCCCUUGUUAUAUAGGCCGCACGUGGCUGUCGCUGGGAACGCAUCUCUACGCCCUCAUGGGAGGGCUCAUCGCCUCCUGUACCGUCGCCUCGGCUGCUUUUUCGAAAAAGCAGCUGAUGCUGAACGCAUUCACAUUGCAUUUUAUGUGCGUCCUGCACAUCAGCACAAAUCUGCAUACCUACAAGGGGGCUUGGCGGGAACACUCGAUUGCCCUGACGACUCUGAGGAACAUUUCUCGAAUGACCGCCGGCUGUGUGGCCACCGGGCUCACGAACUUGGAACCUGCUGCACUCCAAGAGGGGCGGAUAGAGGAGCACUUCGGGCUCAUAAAAAAACAUGCUCUUGGUGUCGCCACCUUGAAGGACCUCAUCCUGGGGACAGCCAAAGAACACGCCAGGCAGCUUCACAUCCUGCGAGCAAGCUCCUCCGAGCAGCUGCCCACCGCUUUCACAUCCCAGCCCCGAGAGCCGAUCAGUGAGGAGGAGAUGAAGGGGCUUGCCAAGAAAGCCCUCGCUGCUGCCAUACAGCUUCAAUGCUGGAUCACUACGGAUCUCACUCCUAACGAGUGUUAUGACCAGCUCCACAAUUUCUGGCAUCGCAUGAAAGGUGCCCAGAUGUUUGGGGAGUGCCAGCCCGAUGAGCCCACCGACGAGGACAACUCCGACGUGGAGGAAGACUUGACACCAGAUGCGGUUGAGGUCACACCAGCAGCUGAGAACCAGGACCCUCCCAGAGAGAUCCCAGCGGAUGUGGCAUGCCUCACCCGUGUCGAAGGGCGUGCUGCCGUGAUCGAGGACUUGGACAAGAGUCUGGAUGCCCUUGCAGACCCAAGUGGCCUGGCCGAGGAAUCCGGACAUGACGAUCCGGAGCUUAAGCUGGAUGCAAAGACCCUGCAGGAGCUCUGGCCAGGCGAGCCCGAGGAAGAUGAUGAGGCCCAGAUUCCGAAAACCGUCAUCGAGCUUUUGCAACAGGUGAAGAGCGGCGGUCCAGAAUUCCAGCUGGGCGAUAACAAGGCCGCCGAAGGUCCGCGAGCAUGUCUGAAAAGAGUCGAGGCCAUGGUCGGGAGCAUCAGGAGAUUUACGAGGAUGGUUCGCUUGGAGGAGGGCCUUAUUUCCUUGGCUUGCCUCGAAAGAUCCCGGACACCCUUAAACGAGCACAAUGCGAGAAUGCACGAACUGGCCCUUGCACGUCGUGCCGCCGGCCUGAGUCAGCAGCGCAUCUCCCGUGCCGAAGCUUGGUCCAGAUGCCAGAUUCUGUUCGUGGAGAAGAUCAAGGCAAAGAACCCCAAGGUGACGGAGGGCGACCCAGGCAUCACUGCACCCACGAGCUACCGGAACGGCAAGAACCAUAAGGAUCCGCAGGUGUUGCUUUUGCAUGACGGGACUCCGGAGAAAGGUGAGCUUCGCCUCGCCAUCGUCCUCGCCAUGUUCCGCGGCAGCAUCGUGCGUAAACAGGGGUCCCCGCAGCUUGGCCAAAUUCGUGUCGCGAAGCCUGCCGCCGAUGCUCUUCCUUGCUCCAGCACCAGAGUCGUGCAUCUCGCACCCUUGCGAUACAAUGCUGCCAGUGGCUCCUGGGUCACCUCGUGCACCGAGCCGCCCCUCGUCAUGGACCCCGUCAGCUGCAUCUGCGGUGAGGUCGCCACGAAGCAAGUGCACGCAAGUGAGACACGGUUGCAUGUAGUCUUGAGUCCAGCCUCGGACAUGGCGCUGACGAAAAUCAAGGCUGGAGAGAUUCCACUCCCCGCAGCCCUGCCCAAGCUUUCCGCGGCAGCAGAAUCAGCGGCAGCCCCAGUCGCACCGCCAGAGCCCAAGGAGAUGAGUUUCGAUGCCAGCAGCUUCGUUCGGAGAAAGCUGGUCGAGAAUGUCUCCUUGUUCAUGGGUGGCCUCCGAAAUGCGUAUGAGGAGAAAGGCUGGAACAUUGUGGCAUCAGAUGGAUCCCUUAUGCUCGGCAAGGAGAAAUGGCAGUGGGAAAACGUGGUCUCAAGGAUCCCCGUCUACUUCCUGCACAUUCUCAAAGAUCAUGCCGGUUUCAAGUUUAGCACUCAAGUGCACAAUCAGCUCACUCAGCACCUGCCCAAGAGUGAAAGCUCCAAGAAGAACAUCCUCGCAUGGCUGAAGCAG